AUGGGGAAGGUGAAGCAGCGUGCUGGUGCCCUUUCAAGCAAAGAAAGGGAAGAUCGAAUUCAUCGUGCCCUAGUCAAGAAGGCUGAAACACCAAAAAUUCCGUGGUCUGUCCUAUCUUUGGAGUUCGGCAUACCCGCUUCCACGCUCAACGAUCGGUUCAAUGGCAGAAAGAAUCGCCAAGAAGCUCAUCAGAACCAGCAAAAGUUGUCACCGGUUAUUGAGAAGUCACUUAAGAAAUGGAUUCAAGAUAUGGAUGAUGCGGGUUUUCCUCCUAGGGUGGAUCUUUUGCGGGGUAUGGCAUCAGCUUUAGCGCAGAAUAUUGCGGAGGAGGACAAGCUUGAUCCUACUGCGGCAAUUAUUGGCCGCAACUGGGUCUCUCGAUUCUUAGACCGACACCCUGAUUUGGCAGCAAAAUAUAGUACCCAGCUAGACCGACAGAGACAAAAUGCGAGCAAUCCUAUCACUCUGCGCGAUUACUUUAAUAAGCUUAGCCGGCUUGUACGUCGCUUAAUCUCCUUGGGACUUUGGCCUAGUGACGAUAUUUACAACUUCGACGAAAAGGGUUUUAUUCUUGGAUAUUCGGCAAAAGCAAAAGUAAUUUGUCGUUCAGGCAGACGAAAUCCCAAUGUUGCACAAGAUGGAUCUAGAGAAUUAAUUACUGUCGUGGAAACGGUUUCUGUUGGCGGACUCGCCUUACCACCUUGGGUAAUAUAUAAAGGGAAGGGCCACUACAUGGGCUGGCACCAAGAGACGAACGAGGCGAAUGCUGUAUUUGCAUAUAGUGACAACGGCUGGACUGACAAUAAUAUGGGACUGAGAUGGCUACGAGAGCAUUUUGAUGUGUAUUCUUCGAAAAUCAGUGGGACACGACCUCGACUACUGCACUACUACGGAAAAGCGGCGGACAAUCACAUAAGAGAAACCCGGACAGGCAUCACAAAGGGAACAUUUUGGUCUUUUUUCACAGAGGCGAGAGCCAAAGCCUUUACCAAGCAGACAAUAAAAGCCUCUUUCCAGGCCACUGGCAUCUUUCCGCUGAACCCGGAUAAGGUGUUGACCAAAGUGAAACCCAAUCAGCUUACCGCUAUACCUGUUGGCUCAACUAUUCUACUUCAGAAGCAACUCUCAACUCCAAAAAACCGCCGAGAGUUGCGCCAGCAGACACAUUUUGCUCUUCACCCAGAAGCGCACCUAAAGGUUGGACUAGCAGAGUCAAAACCAAUUCUCAAUCAGACCGAUUAUUCAGCGAUCAUUCUUCGCCUUUCGCACUUAGCUGAGGAGUCACUCACACAAGCGGACAUAGCCAAAAUUCAACUCCGGGAUCUCAGGGUCAAAUAUGAAGGUAAAAGAGCUGUUAGAGCAGAUAGGCGGGUCUUAUCCAAAGCUCAAGUCAUUACUGGAGCGGAAAUCAUAAGGCUCAAGAACGCUUUAGAAAAGAAGGAAGCCGCAAAGGAACUCAAAAAAGAAAGGUCCUCUAAUGCCUUGAAAGAUAAAUUAUUAGCCGAGAAGGAAGAGGAGGCGAGAGAUAGUGCAAAGCAGAGGAGUGCGCCAACCAGGAGACAGCCUGCAAGACCUAAAAAGAACAUGUUCUAA